AGCACCGGGCGGUCGCCGGAGCUGGCCAAACAGCACAGCCCAGGCCCUCCCAUGUAGGAGUCCGAGCUGGGGCAUCGUGCAGCAGGAGGCAGGAUUUCCGGAACACGAGGCAAAGGACCUAGGAAAGAGGCAGAUAGGACCCCAGGAAGGGUACAGGGCGCUGUAGAGGCGAAGUCCGAGCACCACAGAAGAGGUGAGCGUUUCUACAUCUCCCAAAUUCCGGAGGGUGGCUCCAGUCCUCUCUGGCUCCCGCCCAGCUCCCGCACUUCCGGUAAGAGCCGGAAGUGAUUGUUGUACUGAGUGGUGGCUUUCUAGGCGUGCGGGCCCUCGACUCGAUAGCCGGAAGUCAUCCGAGCUGAAGCUGUGGCCCCCACAACCUGUCUAGACAGUAGUCAGCUCCAGUUGGCAGCCAGUAUGGCCGAUCGUGCGACGCUGGAGGAUCUGGUGCGACUUCAGGGAGAGCGCGUGCGGGCCCUUAAGCAGCAGAAGGCCAGCGCCGAGCAGAUCGAGGAGGAGGUGGCAAAACUACUGAAACUGAAGGCACAACUGGGCCCUGAUGAAGGGAAACAGAAGUUUGUGCUCAAAACCCCCAAGGAAACACUGACUGGAAAGUAUGGGGAAGACUCUAAGCUUAUCUAUGACCUGAAGGACCAAGGUGGGGAGCUGCUGUCUCUUCGCUAUGACCUCACUGUUCCUUUUGCUCGAUAUUUGGCAAUGAAUAAACUGACCAACAUUAAACGCUACCACAUAGCAAAAGUGUAUCGGCGGGAUAACCCAGCCAUGACCCGAGGCCGAUAUCGGGAAUUCUACCAGUGUGAUUUUGACAUUGCUGGGCAAUUUGACCCCAUGAUUCCUGAUGCAGAGUGCCUGAAGAUAAUGUGUGAGAUCCUGAGUUCACUCCAGAUAGGCGACUUCCUGGUCAAGGUGAAUGAUCGGCGCAUCCUAGAUGGGACGUUUGCCAUCUGUGGUGUUCCUGACAGCAAGUUCCGCACCAUCUGCUCCUCAGUGGACAAGCUGGACAAGGUGUCUUGGGAGGAAGUAAAGAGUGAGAUGGUGGGAGAGAAGGGCCUGGCACCUGAGGUGGCUGACCGCAUUGGGGACUACGUCCAACAGCAUGGUGGGGUAUCCCUGGUGGAACAGCUGCUCCAGGAUCCUAAAUUGUCCCAAAACAAGCAGGCCUUGGAGGGCCUGGGAGACCUGAAGCUGCUCUUUGAGUAUCUGACCUUGUUUGGCAUUGCUGACAAGAUCUCCUUCGACCUGAGCCUGGCUCGAGGGCUGGACUACUAUACCGGGGUGAUCUUUGAGGCGGUGCUGCUACAGCCCCCAGCCCAGGCAGGGGAAGAGCCCCUGGGUGUGGGCAGUGUGGCGGCUGGAGGGCGCUAUGAUGGGCUGGUGGGCAUGUUUGAUCCCAAAGGGCGCAAGGUGCCAUGCGUGGGGCUCAGCAUUGGGGUGGAGCGGAUCUUCUCCAUUGUGGAGCAGAGGCUGGAGGUCUUGGAGGAGAAGGUACGGACCACAGAAACACAGGUGCUUGUGGCAUCUGCACAGAAGAAGCUGCUGGAGGAGAGACUGAAGCUCAUCUCAGAGUUAUGGGAUGCUGGGAUCAAGGCAGAGCUGCUCUACAAGAAGAACCCCAAGUUACUGAACCAGCUGCAGUACUGUGAGGAGGCAGGCAUCCCACUGGUGGCCAUCAUUGGUGAGCAAGAGCUCAAGGACGGGGUCAUCAAGCUCCGCUCGGUGGCCAGCAGGGAAGAGGUGGACGUCCGGAGAGAAGACCUUGUGGAGGAAAUCAGAAGGAAAACAAGCCAGCCCCUUUGCAUCUGCUGAGUUGAACUAUCAGAGGAAAGCGGGACUGGCACAAUUUAAGGCUAAGACAAAACUGCAUACGUACUUCAACAGCUUUGCACGUUUCCUUCCCAACAGGAAGACCUGAAGAGUGGUCAGAACAGAGACUUUUUUAUUUUUAUUAUGAUUAUUUUAUUGGUAAUCACAGGCAAAAAUGGCCA